GAGAGGGGCUCCCCCGCCUGGCAUUGUGGUGCCGCUGGCCUGCGAUUCACAACAGCCCCUGACAAAUGGCAGCCUCCUUGUAAAUGGUGGCCGGUGAUUGGCCGAGAGAAGCGCAGUGGACCAAUGGCAUUUCACUGUGAUGACGUAUGUGAGGACUCCUUCAUUUCAUCAUUGUUGGGACUCAGCAUGGCGCAGGAGGAGGACAAACAUAGCCUGGAGGCGAAAUUUGCUGCUGCAGUUAAAGUGAUCCGGAGUUUGCCUGAAGAAGGUCCUUUCCAGCCGUCUGAUGACAUGAUGCUGAUGUUCUAUAGUUACUACAAGCAGGCCACGCUGGGGCCCUGCAACAUCCCCAGACCAACCGGCUUCUGGGACACUCAUGGCAAAGCUAAAUGGGAUGCAUGGAGCUGUUUAGGAAAUAUGACAAAGGAGGAAGCCAUGAAGAAUUAUGUUCAGGACAUCCAGCUGAUUUUGGAGACCAUCCCAAUCUCAGAUGAAGUGUCUGACCUGGUGCAGAAGCUCGGCAACUUCUACACAGAGGUGGACGGGGAAGGAGAAGAAGCUGAAGAAAAUGAGGUGGACAGGAGGCCCUUCACCAGGCCUUUUGCACAACAUUCAGGAUAUGGGGAUCUGUGGGAUGAUAUACAAAACCUCCAAGAAAAGGACAAAGACAGUAGUGUUCAAGGCAUAAGUGUCAGUAGCGAGGAGGCAGAGGGAAGCAAAGAAAGUAGUGAAAUCGAGAGAAAAGAGCAAGGUAGCGAUUGGAGGAACAGUGAGGAAGAGGAGAAUGGGGAUGAAGAAGACAAUACAGACGAUGAAGAGAAGGAGGAGGAAGAGGAGAAUGAAAAAGACUGGAGUCCUGACCCGAGGCUACUGAUGGUGAAUGACAAGAGGUGGAGGUCUGACACUAUGGGAUCCUGCAGCAGCAUGGAGCCCAGCAUGUCCUCCUUCACCAAUGGGACACACAGCUCCCUCAACAGCGAGGUGGAGGAGGAGGAACUGGCCUGUUCCGUAGAGCCCAGUGUGCAGUAUAACUCCUAUAUGCACUUUAAUGGACACCUGAGUGACCAUAGCAAUGCUGUUCAUGAGAAGAACCACCGAUCUACAGACUCAGAUAAUGAGGAAUUCUGUGACUCAAUGGAGCAUCUGGCCAUGGAAGAGGGGCUGUCUGCAUCAAAAAUUCUGUCACCUGGAUCAGGAGUUGCUUCGUCGAGGGAUCUUUGGUUUGAGAGCAACACUACCCUGAAUGGAGGAGACGAUCAAGUAUUCAUGGGAGAUUCCUACCUUAGAGAAGGGAUUAGUAGAAGCCAACACAACAGCUCCUUGUCAAGAAGAGGGAGAGUUUCAGGUUCUCAGUCACCAAAGGCAACCUGCAGCUUUCAACAGUGUGCCAGUGUGGAUGCGGCCUGCUGUUGUGUGUCACAGAGCAGACAUCCUGUCAGUGUUGCCAAGGGAAACAUCAAUGAGCAAAUAGCAACAGCUCUGCUGAGGCUGCAACAUGAUAUGGCCACUGUGCUGCAUAGGCUACAUGCUCUGGAGGCACAUACGCUGUCACAGUCAAGAUCAUCUUCACCAAGGCAGGAGGACUCCCUACCUGUAUCACAAAAGUUCCUCACGCCCUCCUGGUGGCCUUUUGACUUCUGUCCACUCACGGUGGCAAUGACAGCAUUCUGGCCUCUGAUUGCUCAUUGGCUUGUCCUGGUUUACUUACAGCGGAAGAGAAGGAAAACCCCCUGAAUUGUCAGACAACUAUUGGCAUCAAUGAUAAAACAUGAACCCAGGAUGAAAUUGUUGCACUUUGGUUGUUUUGUGGCUUUUUCUCCAAGCCACCACCACAGAUGAAGUGUAAUGAGGCACCAAUACAAAUGGAAAAUCAACCUUUAGCUAAUUUAUGGUCAGAAGGGUGUUUAAAGGGAGCCUCUGUAGCCUUUUGAGUUCGUGAAUACUUUUAUAGGUGGAGAGUAAGGAUGUAUGCAUUAUAAAUGCUGGCACAUUUUCUUUAUUAGAGUUUGCUUAGCAGUAGGUGGUGAUCUUAUAUAUGACAUGUCUCACAGAUCACCAGAAAUUCAAUGUACACAUAACUCAUAUAACUGUCAACCUUUAGCUGAAAUAAAUCCAUGAUUAUACGGUAGCUGUGGACCUUCAGUGAUGUCGUUUCCCCCAUUGUCAUUACCAGUCAUUUUAUUUAUUGUAAAUUUCACUCUUGAUUUAGGUUUCUUUUAAUGUUUUUGUCAACAUGUUUUUCAGAGAACUAUGGAAUCAGUAUUUUAUUGUCUGAAAUAUAGAAAUAUUUUAGGGGCAUUUUUAGACCAAAUAGGCAUGGUGACAAAAGGAUUAUUUAAGUGUAUUCAUUAUUUAUGAAACAUUACACUUUUGCUAAAAGUGGGUUACAGAGUUAAGGACAAUCUGUAUAUUUAUUUUUGUGUCUUGUCGGCUGUACAGUGAAAAUGAAGAAUACUCUGUUUAAGCCAUGGUGUUGUGCUUUAAAAUAUUUGUUGUGAAACAAAGUAUAAGAAGCAAAUUUUGACAUGCAAUAAACACAUUCUUGGGACAAACACA